GAUUUCACAUGAUAGAAAUGUGAAACAGUGAAUCCUCGUUCCCCUUAAUUAUUACUUAUUUUAUCUCUACUUGUCCGUUUAUUCAAAAUUAUUGCAAUUUAGUACCCAUAACUUUACUUAUUUAGAUAAAAAGCCCUCACAUCCUAAAAGUGGUGUAGAAAUUUCACUUGAUUUUGGAAUUUUCACAUACAAAACCAAAUCGGAUCCAAUCGAUGAUGAUUCCGGCGAAGAGAUUUCUGUUAUCUCCGUUUGUUGGCGUAACGAUGACCGUGGGUCUCGUCGCUCUCUACUUCAGAUCUUUCCUCAAGGCUCCACACCACCAAUAUAACCAAAGGUUAUUCUCUGCUGAAGAGUUGGCAUUGUAUAAUGGCACUGAUGUAACGUUACCUAUACUCUUAGGGAUUCUUGGAUCUGUGUUUGAUGUGACGAAAGGAAAAUCUCAUUACGGUAGUGGAGGAGGUUACAACCAUUUUGCUGGAAGAGACGCUUCUCGUGCUUUUGUUUCUGGGAACUUUACAGGAGAUGGACUUACAGAUUCGUUACAUGGGUUAUCUAGCAGUGAGGUGAAGAGCAUUGUUGACUGGCGAGGUUUCUACUCCAGGACCUACAUUCCUGUUGGGAAGCUUGUUGGGCGGUACUACGAUAGCCAAGGAAAUCCAACAAAACAUCUAAAAGGAGCUGAAGCAAAAGCCUCCAGAGGUGCACAACUUAUGGAGAAACAGAAGACCGAGGAAGCCAAGCAACCGAGUUGCAACUCACGAUGGAGUCAAGAUGAAGGUGGAGAGGUUUGGUGUGAUGUUGGGGUGCCAAGAUUAGUACAAAGACCUUUAGAGAUAGCAAUAACGGGUUCAAUGAGCAAACGUUGUGCUUGUUUUGAGGAAGACCAACUUGAUCAGUCUGGAUUGGAGAUCUAUAAAGACUGCGAGCCUCUUGCCAAGACUUGCAGGGUUUAAAUGUGUUCCCUUCUAAUCUUCAAUGUAGCCUUUUGUACUCUUUUAUACACAUAGUAGACGUCUUUUGUUUUUUUCUGUAUCGAUGCAUUGCGUGUAGUUUAUGUGUAAUUACAAAUUAAAGGACAAAUUCCAAAAUUCUAUAUACAGGUUGAUUUUGGUUACA